CCUCCGCCACCCCUCCUUCACGUUUCCAUCCCCGGAUCCCCCUCGCCGCCCGUGCUGAUCGCGGCCUGUGACACGACAGCGCGGACGGUGCCAGGGGACUGGAUUUGCACUGGCUCGCGCCCGCCAGCUUCUCCUGCUCCCACCAGGGGCCGUCUCAUCGCCCGCCCGCCUGCCCGGCGCGUGCCGAAGGGGCGGCGAGCGCGCCAUGGUGGUGCUGGAGGAGCUGGCCGAGGGCCAGGGCCCCCCGUCGGGCGGCGGGGACGGGGCCUCCGAGGCCCUGGAGAGCGCCGACCGGUGCAGGCGGGAGGGCAACGAGCUCCUGGCGAGGGGCGACUUCGCCGACGCGUGCCAGCGGUACGACGCCGGCCUGCUGGCGCUGGUGCGCGUGGGCGCGGGAGGCGCGGAGGCGGCGGAGCAGGCGCGCCUGAGCCUGCACCUCAACGCCUCGCUGGCGCACCUGCGCCGCGGCAACCUGGGCUCGGCCGUGGAGCACGCGACGGGCGCGCUGGCGAUCGACGCCUGCAGCGUCAAGGCGCUGUACCGCCGCGGGUCGGCCCGCGCGAGGCUGGCGGAGCACCCCGGCCACGAGGGGGAGGCCGUGCAGGCGCGGCGGGACCUGGAGAGGGCGCUCGAGCUGGAGCCCGGUAACGCGGAGGUGCGCUCGCAGCUGAAGCAGCUGCGCUCCACGGCGCGGGCCGAGCAGAAGGAGCUGGACAAGAGCCAGCGAGACACCUUCCGGAACAUCUUCUCCGGCGGCAAGGCCAUCUAUGAGGAGCGGCCGAAGGUGGAGCCGCCGCCGGUGCUGCGGUCCGUGGGCGGGGAAGGCCACGAGGUCGUCCUCUCGGCCGAACAGGUCGAGUUCUACUACGACAGGUCCGAGGAACUCCUGAAAGAGCUGGACCUGGAGCUGCGCUCGGGCUGGUGCGUCGGCCUCUUCGGCAGCAACGCCUGUGGCAAGUCUACGCUGGCGAGGCUACUGGAUGGCAGGUUGGCGCCCGUGUCGGGUAAGGUCGUGCACCACUCCAAGGGGCCGCCGCAGUCGGUCACGCCCCUGGCCGGCGGAGCCGUGCUGGGCGCCGUGCUGGCCGCCGCCGCGGCUGCGCUCCUGGGGGAGCAGCGCCUGCAGCAGCCUCCCGUGCUGGCGGCUCUGCUGGUGGCCUGCCUGCUGGCCACGCUGCUGGCCUGGGCGGCCCUCCGCUGGCGGCGCGCGCGGGCCGGCAGGUUCAGCGUCCGCCUGGUGUCCAGCGAGUCGUCCGACAAGGAGAGCAUCCCGGGAGGCUGGAAGAUCGAGAGGGUGAUCGGGGAGAACCUGCCCAGGGGCCUGGCGCCAGCGCAGAGGCGGGAGCGCGUGGUCGCCAUGCUCUGCGCCGCCGGCUUUCAGAUGUACAACCAGGACACGGGCGAGGCCGUGGGCACCCCAGCCGAGUACAUACGGGACGGGUUGGCGUACGGCUCCCUGUCGGGAGGCCAGAAGCACCUCAUGUACAUCCUCAGGAAUUUCGCCGCGUGCCCCGACGUGCUCAUAUGCGACGAGCUGCUCGGAGGCCUGGACGCCUUCCGGCAGCCGCGCGUGCUGCACAUGCUGAAGCGCCUGCAGAGGGAGGCCGGCGUGGCCGUCCUCUACAUCUCCACUGAGCUGCAUCAGCAGCGGAUGGUUGCAGACUCCAUCGCCUUCAUGAGCGGAGGGAGGAUCGCCGAGCACGGCUCGCUCGACGAGGUGUUCGACUUCCCGAGGCACCCCGGCGCCAAGGAGUACCUCAGCAACUACAGGGGGCUGCCGGGCUGCCAGAAGAUCGGCGGGAAGCUCGGCGAGAACUUCGUGGCCCUGGAGGGCGACGAGGCGCUGUCUGCGCCAUGGCUGCCCCGCACCCCUGGGCAGGCAGCUUAGCCGCCGGAGGCGCCCGGCCCGCGCGAGCCUCGCGCAGAACUCCGAGGCCCUGGCGGGCGGCGAGGCGCCAUCCGGGCUGUGUCUGCCCCGCCCGCUGGAGCCGUCCGUGCUUGGGCGUCGAAAGAGCGCCGCAGAGCGCGGGCGGAGCUGGGAGGACCAGCCGCGCCCUCGCGGGGCGCAGGGAGGCGAGGAGGACGGGUACACCAGCGGCGAGAACAGUCAGACUCGGGGAUGGCGGCUCGGGCUCGCAGCCAGCAGCACGCUCCGCGCGUCGACGCGCGUCGGCACGCAGAGAGGGUGUGCGUGGCGGCGGCGGGCGUCAGCACGGAGAGGCUGGUGACACCAGUGCGUUGGAAGUCCAUGUGGAUCCCGGGUCCUGGCCACGCCAACCCUGGGCUUAUGAUGUUCCAAACUACUUCAGCCUGGAUCGCCAGAAAGAAUUUCGAGCACUAGAAGAGUGCCGAAACUCGAGGGUUUUCACCCGUCGGGCCCUGGGAGACACUCGUCCGACACUGUCCCGACGCUCUUUCGACGCUCCUUCGACAUUUUUCG